CUCUCCGUGGGUAGGGAUGGUUGAGUCCAGCCGCGGCGGCAGAGGCUCCUCGGGAGCCCGCAGCCCGUCUCCCGAGCUCCCCGCCUUGCCGCUCUAGACCGGCUCUCCUCCCCCCGCGCCCUCCCCGCCGCCCGCGCUCCCACUCGCUGGCGCUCUCUCCAGCUGCCUCCACUCCGGGCUCCGGGCUCUCCGGGCUGCGCGCUCCUCCGCCCGCCUCGCCCCUCCCGCAGCCCCGCGGCUCGGAGCCUCCCUGCCCGGCUCGGCCGGCGGCCCGGCAGCCCGGCGGCCCCGCGUCGGCGCUCGCAGCAGCGCAGCCCUGCAGUGGCUCGGGACCCGGACCGAUGCUAUGAGAGGCGAGCGAGCCGGGCGCGCAGACCCGCAGCAGGCGUCGGACGCGCGGCCGCUCUGGGGACCGGGCUUUCUCUCCAGCUCGCCUCGCCCUCUGCUGAUUACUCGGCUCUGUCCGUAGCCCGGCGGCGCCUCGGAGGAGACGGGAGAGCCAUCGCGGUCGUGUGCGCGUGUGGAAUAUCUGCAGACAUGACUGCGCGGAGCGAGCCCGAGCCGCGGCUCCGGCCCCUGGCGCUGCUGGCGGUCUGCGCGGGGCUCCUCGCCGCAGCGAAGGGUCAGAACUGUGGCGGCUUAGUCCAGGGUCCCAACGGCACCAUCGAGAGCCCAGGGUUCCCUCAUGGUUAUCCAAACUAUGCCAACUGCACCUGGAUCGUGGUCACCGGUGAACGCAAUCGGAUACAGCUGUCUUUUCACACCUUUGCUCUGGAAGAAGAUUUUGACAUUUUAUCAGUUUACGACGGACAGCUCCAACAAGGGAACCUGAAAGUGAGACUCUCGGGCUUUGAGCUGCCGUCAUCCAUCGUCAGCACAGGCUCUGUCCUCACCCUGUGGUUCACCACCGACUUCGCCGUGAGCGCACAAGGUUUCAAAGCCCUGUAUGAAGUCUUACCUAGCCACACAUGUGGAAACCCUGGGGAAAUAUUGAAAGGAGUCCUCCAUGGGACAAGAUUCAACAUAGGAGACAAAGUCCGGUACAGCUGCCUCUCUGGCUACAUAUUGGAAGGGCACGCGGUCCUGACCUGCAUUGUCAGCCCCGGGAAUGGCGCGUCCUGGGACUUCCCGGCCCCGCUCUGCCGAGCCGAGGGCGCCUGCGGAGGGACCUUGCGCGGGACGAGCAGCGCCAUCGCCAGCCCGCACUUCCCUUCCGAGUACGAGAACAACGCGGACUGCACGUGGACCAUCCUCGCCGAGCCCGGGGACACCAUCGCUCUGGUCUUCACCGACUUCCAGCUGGAGGAAGGCUACGACUUCCUGGAGAUCAGCGGCACGGAGGCGCCGUCCAUAUGGCUGACGGGAAUGAAUCUUCCUUCUCCUGUUAUCAGUAGCAAGAAUUGGUUAAGACUCCAUUUCACGUCUGACAGUAACCAUCGACGCAAAGGAUUUAAUGCUCAGUUUCAAGUGAAAAAGGCGAUUGAGCUGAAGUCCAGAGGCGUGAAGAUGCUGCCAAGCAAGGACAGCAGCCACAAGAACUCUGUCUUGAGUCAAGGGGGUGUUGCUUUGGUCUCUGACAUGUGUCCAGAUCCUGGGGUCCCAGAAAAUGGUAGAAGAGCAGGAACCGACUUCAGGGUUGGUGCAAAUGUCCAGUUCUCCUGUGAGGACAGUUACGUGCUCCAGGGUUCCAAAAGCAUCACCUGUCAGAGGGUCACCGAGACACUGGCCGCGUGGAGUGACCAUCGGCCGAUUUGCCGAGCUAGAACGUGUGGAUCAAACCUGCGUGGGCCCAGUGGCAUCAUCACCUCCCCCAACUACCCAGUUCAGUAUGAGGACAACGCACACUGCGUGUGGGUCAUCACCAGCUCGGACCCAGACAAGGUCAUCAAGCUCGCCUUUGAGGAGUUUGAGCUGGAGCGAGGCUAUGACACCCUGACGGUGGGCGAUGCUGGGAGAGUGGGUGACACCAGGACAGUCUUGUAUGUACUCACUGGGUCCAGCGUCCCUGACCUCAUCGUGAGUAUGAGCAACCAGAUGUGGCUGCACCUACAGUCUGACGACAGCAUUGCCUCACCUGGAUUUAAAGCUGUUUACCAAGAAAUUGAAAAGGGAGGCUGUGGGGACCCUGGAGUCCCCGCCUAUGGGAAGCGGACCGGCAGCAGUUUUCUCCAUGGAGACACCCUCACCUUUGAGUGCCAGGCAGCCUUCGAGCUGGUGGGAGAGAGAGUCAUCACGUGCCAGCAGAACAACCAGUGGUCGGGCAACAAGCCCAGCUGUGUGUUUUCGUGCUUUUUCAACUUCACUACGUCAUCAGGGAUCAUUCUGUCCCCAAAUUACCCCGAGGAGUAUGGUAACAACAUGAACUGUGUGUGGCUGAUCAUCUCCGAGCCGGGAACCAGGAUUCACCUCAUCUUUAACGACUUUGACGUGGAGCCUCAGUUUGACUUCCUUGCUGUCAAGGAUGAUGGUGUUUCUGAUGUCACCGUCCUGGGGACCUUUUCCGGGAAUGAUGUGCCUGCCCAGCUGGCCAGCAGCGGGCACGUGGUCCGCUUGGAAUUUCAGUCGGAUCACUCCACGACUGGCAGAGGGUUCAACAUCACUUACACCACAUUUGGUCAAAAUGAGUGCCACGAUCCUGGCAUCCCCAUAAAUGGACGGCGUUUCGGUGACAGGUUUCUACUUGGGAGCUCCGUUUCUUUCCACUGUGACGAUGGCUUUGUCAAAACCCAGGGCUCGGAGUCCAUCACCUGCAUCCUGCAGGAUGGGAAUGUCGUCUGGAGCUCGGCUGUGCCCCGCUGUGAAGCUCCAUGUGGUGGACAUCUGACAGCUUCCAGUGGAGUCAUUUUGCCUCCCGGAUGGCCAGGCUAUUAUAAAGAUUCUUUAAACUGUGAAUGGAUCAUUGAAGCAAAACCAGGACACUCUAUCAAAAUAACUUUUGAUAGACUCGCGAGCUUGAACUCACAUAACCGAGAAACUGUAGGGCGUUUCGAGAACGUUUUGAACAGGGAAAGACAGGUGCACUGUCCAGCCCCCAGCGCCCAGCCCGUGGCCUCAGCCUGGCCAAUCCGCGCCGCACACACGUUUAUUGGCUCUUCCUGUCCUGAGGGGCGCGUGCGGCCGAAAAGGCGCAGCGCUGGUGGUUCCCAGCGUCGCCACGUGCCCGGGGUCGCUCGCUCCCGCUCGGAGCCGCGUCAGGCCGCGGUGCCCGUUCUAAAAGUUCGGAAACGCAUCACAGUGGCCAAGCUGGAGACCCACGAGUGCCGAUGGUGUGAGCUCCAGUCUGAAGACUGGCCGGCUCGGGACUCAGAAAUAGCCGCCCUCUGUGGAGGCUACAUCCAUGGGAAGAGUGGAACAGUCCUUUCUCCGGGGUUUCCAGAUUUCUACCCGAACUCUCUAAACUGUACAUGGACCAUUGAGGUGUCUCAUGGGAAGGGAGUUCAGAUGAUCUUCCACACCUUCCACCUGGAGAGCUCCCACGACUACCUGCUGGUCACGGAGGACGGGAGCUUCUCGGAGCCCGUGGCCAGGCUCACGGGCUCGGUGCUGCCGCACUCCAUUAAGGCGGGUUUGUUCGGGAACUUCACAGCCCAGCUCCGCUUCAUAUCAGACUUCUCCAUCUCCUACGAGGGUUUCAACAUCACCUUUUCAGAAUACGACCUCGAGCCCUGCGAUGACCCCGGCGUCCCUGCCUUCAGCCGCAGAAUCGGUUUCCACUUCGGAGUCGGGGACUCGCUGACCUUCUCCUGCUUCCCAGGGUAUCGCUUAGAAGGUGCCACCAAGCUUACGUGCCUGGGUGGGGGCCGCCGUGUGUGGAGUGCACCUCUGCCAAGGUGUGUGGCUGAAUGUGGAGCAAGUGUCACAGGAAGUGAAGGAACGUUACUGUCGCCAAAUUUCCCAUCCAAUUACGAUAAUAACCACGAGUGUAUCUAUAAAAUAGAAACGGAAGCAGGCAAGGGCAUCCGCCUCAGAGCACGCAGCUUCCGGCUGUUUGAAGGAGACACGUUAAAGGUAUAUGAUGGAAAAGACACUUCGUCACGGCCCCUGGGGACCUUCACAAAAAGCGAGCUCCUGAGCCUGACCCUAAACAGCACCUCUAAUCACCUGUGGCUGGAAUUCAACAGCAACGCGUCUGACACCGACCAAGGCUUCCAGCUCACCUACACCAGUUUCGACCUCGUAAAAUGCGAGGACCCGGGAAUCCCCAGCUAUGGCUACAGGGUCCGCGAUGGGGGCCACUUCACCGACACGACCGUCCUGUACAGCUGCAACCCAGGCUACAGCAUGCACGGCAGCAGCACCCUGACCUGCCUCAGUGGGGACCGCAGAGUCUGGGACAAGCCCGUGCCAUCCUGCGUGGCGGAGUGCGGGGGUCAGAUCCACGCGGCCACCUCAGGGCGCCUCUUGUCCCCUGGCUACCCAGCUCCCUAUGACAACAACCUGCACUGCACCUGGGUCAUCGAGGCCGACCCAGGAAAGACCAUCAGCCUCCACUUCAUCGUGUUCGACACGGAGCUGGCUCACGACAUCCUGAAGGUGUGGGACGGCCCCGUGGACAGCGACGUGCUGCUGAAGGAGUGGAGCGGCUCCGCGCUGCCCGGCGACAUCCACAGCACCUUCAGCUCGCUCACGCUGCAGUUCGACAGCGACUUCUUCAUCAGCAAGUCGGGCUUUUCCAUCCAGUUCUCAACCUCAGUGGCAUCCACCUGCAAUGACCCAGGCAUGCCUCAGAAUGGCACGCGCUACGGGGACAGUCGAGAGCCUGGAGAUACUGUCACCUUCCAGUGUGACCCUGGAUAUCAGCUCCAAGGACAAGCCAAAAUCACGUGUGUGCAGCUCAACAACCGAUUCUUCUGGCAACCAGACCCUCCUACGUGCAUAGCUGCCUGUGGUGGGAAUCUGACAGGCCCAGCCGGGGUUAUUUUAUCGCCUAACUACCCGCAGCCAUAUCCUCCCGGGAAGGAAUGCGACUGGAGAAUAAAAGUGAACCCCGACUUCGUCAUCGCCUUGAUGUUCAAAAGCUUCAACAUGGAGCCCAGCUACGACUUCCUGCACAUCUACGAGGGCGACGGCUCCAACAGCCCUCUGAUCGGCAGUUUCCAGGGCUCCCAGGCCCCAGAGAGAAUUGAGAGCAGUGGAAACAGCCUUUUCCUGGCGUUUCGGAGCGAUGCCUCCGUGGGCUUGUCCGGCUUUGCCAUCGAGUUUAAAGAGAAACCGCGAGAAGCAUGUUUUGACCCUGGAAAUAUUAUGAAUGGGACAAGAAUUGGGACAGAUUUCAAGCUUGGCUCCACCGUUACGUACCAGUGUGACUCCGGUUACAAGAUUGUUGAGCCCUCAUCCAUCACGUGUGUGAUCGGAGCGGACGGAAAACCCGCCUGGAACCGUGUCCUGCCCUUGUGCCACGCUCCCUGCGGAGGCCAGUACACUGGGUCGGAAGGGGUGGUCUUGUCACCAAACUACCCUCAUAACUACACAGCUGGUCAAGUUUGCCUGUACUCCAUCACGGUACCAAAGGAAUUUGUGGUGUUUGGACAGUUCGCCUAUUUCCAGACGGCCCUGAACGAUUUAGCAGAAUUGUUCGAUGGGACACACCCACAGGCCAGACUUCUCAGCUCGCUUUCUGGGUCUCACUCAGCUGUUCCUCGGACCAGCGACACCCAGUGCAGCUCUGUCCCCGAGCCCAGAUAUGGAAGGAGGAUCGGUUCUGAGUUCUCGGCAGGUUCGAUUGUGCGAUUUGAGUGUAACCCGGGAUACCUCCUGCAAGGUUCCACGGCUGUCCGCUGUCAGUCGGUGCCCAACGCCCUAGCGCAGUGGAAUGACACGAUCCCGAGCUGCGUGGUCCCCUGCAGUGGCAAUUUCACUCAGCGGAGAGGUACGAUUUUGUCCCCUGGGUACCCGGAACCAUAUGGCAACAACUUAAACUGUAUCUGGAAAAUCAUCGUGACGGAGGGAUCAGGAAUUCAGAUUCAGGUCAUCAGCUUUGCCACCGAGCAGAACUGGGACUCCCUGGAGAUUUACGACGGGGGAGACGGGACGGCGCCCCGACUGGGGAGUUUCUCAGGGACCACAGUUCCCGCGCUGCUGAACAGCACGUCCAACCAGCUCUACCUGCACUUCCAGUCAGACAUCAGUGUGGCCGCGGCCGGUUUCCACCUGGAGUACAAAAGUAAGGUCAACUGUUUCUGCGUCGGACUCUCACUGUUAGCCACCUGCGGGGGCACGCUGACCGGCAUGGCGGGCGUGGUCCUGAGCCCAGGUUUCCCGGGCGCGUACCCCAACAACCUGGACUGCACCUGGACCAUCACCUUGCCCACUGGGUAUGGCGCACAUAUUCAAUUUCUGAAUUUCUCUACUGAAGCUAAUCAUGACUACCUGGAAAUCCAAAACGGACCGUACCACACCAGCCCUAUGAUCGGGCAGUUUAGUGGCAGUGACGUCCCCUCCGCACUGCUGAGCACAACCCAUGAAACACUCAUCCACUUUUACAGCGACCAUUCGCAAAACCGGCAAGGAUUUAAGCUUGCUUACCAAGCCUAUGAACUACAGAACUGCCCAGACCCACCUCCUUUUCAGAAUGGGUACAUGAUCAACUCAGAUUACAGCGUGGGACAAUCCAUAUCUUUUGAGUGUUAUCCUGGGUACGUUUUAAUUGGCCAGCCAGUCCUCACCUGUCAGCAUGGAACCAACAGAAACUGGAACCACCCUUUUCCAAGAUGUGAUGCUCCUUGUGGAUACAAUGUAACAUCUCCAAAUGGCACCAUUUAUUCCCCUGGAUUUCCAGAUGAGUACCCAAUAUUGAAGGACUGUGUGUGGCUUAUCACGGUGCCCCCUGGCCACGGGGUCUACAUCAACUUCACCUUGCUGCAGACUGAAGCCGUCAACGACUACAUUGCCGUCUGGGACGGGCCGGAUCAGAAUUCGCCGCAGCUAGGAGUGUUCAGUGGGAACACGGCCCUCGAGUCAGCUUACAGUUCCACCAAUCAGGUCCUGCUGAAGUUUCACAGCGACUUCUCCAACGGAGGCUUCUUCGUCCUCAAUUUCCAUGCAUUUCAGCUCAAGAAAUGUCCACCGCCUCCCACAGUUCCACAGGCAGAAAUGCUCACGGAGGAUGACGAUUUUGAAAUAGGAGACUUCGUGAGAUACCAGUGCCAGCCUGGGUACACGCUGACCGGGGCCGACACACUCACCUGCAGGCUCAGCUCCCAGCUGCAGUUCGAAGGCGCAGUCCCAGUGUGCGAAGCGCAAUGCCCAGCGAACGAAGUCCGGACAGAGUCUUCCGGCGUGAUCCUCAGUCCAGGUUACCCGGGCAACUACUUGAACUCCCAGAGUCCCUCUGGUCAGAGCCCUCUGCUGGUGGUUUUAAGUGGGAACCACACGGAACAAUCCAACUUCACAAGCAGGGGUCCUCAGUUAUAUCUGCGCUGGUCCACUGAUCACGCGACCAGCAAGAAAGGGUUCAGGAUCCGUUACGCAGCUGUGUCCUGUGGAGUCCCAGAGUCCCCAGGAAAUGGUUCAUUUACGGGUAAUGAGUUCACUUUGGAUAGUAAAGUGAUGUAUGAGUGUAAUGAGGGCUUCAAGCUUGAAGCUAGUCAACAAGCCACAGCAGUGUGUCAGGAAGAUGGAUCAUGGAGCCACAGAGGCAAGCCUCCUACCUGUAAGCCGGUAGCGUGCCCGGGCAUCGAAGCCCAGCUCUCAGAGCACGUCACCUGGAGGCUGGUUUCAGGAUCACUGAACGAGUACGGAGCCCAGGUGGUGCUGAGCUGCAGUCCUGGCUACUACCUGGAGGGCAGCAGGCUCGUGCAGUGCCAGGCGAAUGGGACGUGGAGCACGGGAGAGGGGAGGCCCAGGUGCAGAGUUAUCUCGUGUGGAAGCCUGGCCUUUCCCCCCAAUGGCAACAAGAUCGGGACGUUGACGGCAUAUGGCGCCACAGCCAUAUUCACCUGUAACACGGGCUACACGCUCGUGGGCUCGCACGUCCGAGAGUGCCUGGCAAACGGGCUCUGGAGCGGAGCCGAGACGCGGUGUCUGGCUGGCCACUGCGGUUCUCCAGACCCGAUCGUGAACGGUCACAUCAGCGGAGACGGCUUCAGCUACAGGGACACUGUGGUUUAUCAGUGCAGUCCUGGCUUCCGGCUCGUGGGCACCUCCGUUCGGAUAUGUUUGCAAGACCACAAGUGGUCUGGACAGACUCCAGUGUGUGUUGCCAUCACGUGUGGGCACCCUGGGAACCCGGCCCACGGGCUCACCAGCGGCAGCGAGUUCAACCUGAACGACGUGGUCAACUUCACCUGCAGUGCCGGCUACGAGCUGCAGGGGGCGCCCCGCGCGCAGUGCCGGAGCAGCGGCCAGUGGAGCAGCGCUCUGCCCGCCUGCAGAGUGGUCAACUGCUCGGAUCCGGGCUUCGUGGCCAACGCCAUCCGCCACGGGCAGCAGAGCUUCCCCGAGAGCUUUGUCUAUGGGAAGAGCGUCAUGUAUCACUGCAAGAAGGGCUUCUACCUGCUGGGUUCCUCCGCGCUCACCUGCAUGGCCAACGGCCUGUGGGAUCGCUCUUUACCUAAGUGUCUGGCGAUAUCGUGUGGGCACCCGGGGGUCCCUGCCAACGCCAUCCUCACCGGGGAGCUGUUCACAUACGGGGCCACGGUCCACUACUCCUGCAGAGGGACCCGGACUCUCAUGGGCAACAGCACGAGGGCUUGCCAAGAGGACAGCCACUGGAGUGGCGCCCCGCCGCACUGCUCGGGAAAUAAUCCUGGAUUUUGUGGUGACCCGGGGACCCCAGCCCAUGGCUCUCGGCUUGGACAUGAAUUCAAAGCCAAGAGCCUCCUGCGCUUCUCCUGUGAAAUGGGGUACCAGCUCAGGGGCUCCCCGGAGCGGACCUGCCUGCUCAAUGGGUCCUGGUCGGGGCUGCAGCCUGUGUGUGAAGCUGUGUCCUGUGGAAACCCGGGCACACCCACCAACGGCAUGAUUGUCAGUAGCGAAGGCAUUCUCUUCUCCAGCUCGGUCAUCUACGCCUGCUGGGAGGGCUACAAGACAUCAGGGCUGAUGACUCGGCACUGCACAGCCAACGGCACGUGGACGGGCACGGCCCCCGACUGCACAGUUAUAAGCUGUGGAGAUCCAGGCACACUGGCCAACGGUAUCCAGUUUGGGACAGACUUCACCUUCAAUAAGACUGUGAGCUAUCAGUGUGACCCCGGCUACCUCAUGGACCCCAUCACGUCCCCCACGAUCCGCUGUACCAAGGACAGCACAUGGAACCACAGCAAGCCCGUCUGCAAAGCUGUCCUGUGCAGCCAGCCUCCUCACGUGCACAACGGCAGAGUGGAGGGAACAGACUUCCGCUGGGGCGCCAGCAUCAGCUACAGCUGUGUGGACGGCUACCAGCUCUCUCACCCCGCCAUCCUGUCCUGCGAAGGGCCUGGGCUGUGGACGGGGGACGUGCCCCAGUGCCUGCCUCACGCCUGCAGACAGCCGGAAACGCCAGCCCACGCAGACGUGAGAGCCAUCGACCUCCCUGCCUUUGGUUACACCUUGGUGUACACCUGCCACCCGGGAUUCUUCCUGGCGGGUGGAUCUGAGCACAGGACAUGUAAAGCAGAUAUGAAAUGGACAGGAAAAUCGCCCGUCUGUAAAAGUAAAGGAGUGAGAGAAGUUAAUGAAACAGUUACUAAAACUCCAGUUCCUUCGGAUGUGUUUUUCGUCAAUUCGGUGUGGAAAGGAUAUUAUGAAUAUUUAGGGAAAAGACAGCCGGCGACUCUGACUGUGGAUUGGUUCAAUGCGACAAGUAGCAAGGUGAACGCCACCUUCACCGAGGCCUCGCGAGUGGAGCUGAAGUUAACAGGAGUUUACAAGAAGGAAGAGGCCCACUUGCUUUUGAAAUCUUUUCAAAUUAAAGGUUCGGUAGACAUUUUUGUAAGCAAGUUUGAAAAUGACAACUGGGGACUGGAUGGUUACGUCUCAUCAGGACUUGAAAGGGGAGGAUUUACUUUCCAAGGUGAUAUACAUGGGAAAGACUUUGGAAAAUUCAAGCUCGAAAGGCAAGAUCCCCUAAGCUCUGACCAGGACUCGUCACAGCAUUAUCACGGCACCAGCAGCGGGUCCGUCGCAGCUGCCAUCCUGGUUCCCUUCUUCGCUCUAAUUUUAUCAGGGUUUGCAUUUUACCUCUACAAACACAGAACAAGACCAAAAGUUCAGUACAACGGCUAUGCCGGACAUGAAAACAGCAACGGACAAGCUUCAUUUGAGAACCCCAUGUAUGACACAAACUUAAAACCCACAGAAGCCAAGGCUGUGCGGUUUGACACGACUCUGAACACAGUGUGCACAGUGGUAUAGCCCUUAGUGCCGCAGGACAGACGAUAGCCAUACCUCGGACGGACAAGCAGCCAUUCCUCUGGUGCCAUAACCCACCCUCCUCCUCUCGGCUUUGCUGCAGCGAACGUCACGGCUUCUCCCAGCGCGUGCGGCAGGGGCGCCCGGGCCUGCGGGCCGAGUCUUCCGAGUCAUCCUGGGAGUGGAUUCCGAGUGCCGGCCGCCCCCGCCGGGGUCAAGGCCCACGACCGGAGGUCAAGGCGUCCGGAGGAGCCGCGUCGCCAGGGCUCCAACCUCCGCACUCUGCCUGGCUGGGCUCCUUCCAGCGCAAGGUCCUGGGCACGUGGAUACUGCCCUCGGGGGCAGUGACAAAAUGGUAGCACCACAAUACGUUGUCAUUUUUUCUUUUUUGUAACCCCCAUGAAUGCAAGCACUCUGGAAAAAAAAAAAAAAAAAAAAAGCUCUCUUGGAAGUUCCCUUUGGGGUGGACGCACACCCGGCCCAUGUGCCACCGCCCUCCUGACACCUGACAAACUUUGAGGACCUGCAGCCGCCUGGCGUCCAUCCCUGGGGCCAUGUGCAAAUGUCCCAGUCAGCUGUUCUAUUGCAGAAUUUCUGAUGCACAAUUUUUUGCACUAGUGUGUUAUGAAUGACUGAGUAAGAAUCUGAUAAAAAUAAACUACACAGGGUUUAUACACACUACCCAUUGUAUUAUAAGCAUCUCUCAUAGUCUCAAGCAAAACAUUUCACCAUCCGUUUAGUUGAUCAGUUAGGAAAAGACAAGAGUCCCCAGAUGUGGCACAGGUUUGUCAAGGGAAUUCGGUAUUGAAGAGAUUCACUCUAUUUUCGCUUCUUUUAGCUCCAUACAUGUGUUGAACUCACUGAAGAUGUCCAACAAGAACAAAACGAGGCCUUUUCUUUCCCACACGUUUUCUCCCUGUGGUCCCGGCGUCACCCCAUCAUUGUCAGUAUUAUACAGCUUCAUAGUGGGAGGUCUGCAGCAAUUUCUAUCUGCCAUGUAAAAAUGUGAAUAGUAAUUUAUUUUAGAUAGCUCAUGAGCUUGUGGGUGUUCGCUCACAAAGCAGCCUUCCCUUUAGCGUUGUGUUUGUCCUUCUGUGCUGGGCCGUCCCUCUCUGCUGUCACGGUGAAAGACUACACACCCCAGAGGCAGCUUGAACUGGGUGGAAAUUGUUCAGGAUCAGAAGGAUCAAAAUAGCAAGUGUUUCUUUGGCGGCGAGGAGAAAUUACACACACACGUCUUUCCUUACGCCAUGGUUGAUUGAUUAGCUUGUCUUUCGUUUCAUGCUUUAUAAUUCCAGAUGGAAAGAAAAUUCCAGUGAUUUUUCAAGUUUAGAAUUCAUUCUUGGUAAAUUAUAAAUUACCGUCUGAAGCAGGCGUGAUCCCCAACGUGGAUAAAAUCAAAACCUGACGUAGAACUUACAGCAGUGAGAACAUCUGUUGUCACAAACUCAAAGGGAACAUCCUGUUUAGUUUUAUUUAUAACCGUUUGGUGAAAAGAUUCUGGAAACAUAUCCUCUCAGUUGGGUUUUAAGAACCGGCCCUACCUAUGAAGCGUGUCCCGUGGUGGCAGUCCUGCUGGCCCCACAGACGUGUCAGGUCCCUCGUUGUAGUGAAUGGGUGCCCACCUGGCUUCAGACUGCUAGAGCUGUUGGCUGCACAUUUCAAUGCAGGAUCUCAAAAGUGAGAAAUGAAAAAAAAAACAACAAAAAACUGUCAGGAUGUCAGCUCAUCCUUUCAGAGUUGUGCAUUGUGCUUUGAACAUUUUAGUCCAUCUUCCUACUGGGCACCCACUGUUUGGGCCUCGUGCGCGUGAAGGGCGCGUGCUGCCGGGAGGGCAUCACUGACCUAGUUCCUUCUUUGCCUUUUGAAUCCCACAGUAUUAUGCUGGAGUCUCUGCGCGCUUUUCUCUGGCCAGCCUGACACCAGGCCCAGAGGCUGGCUUUGCAGCCUGGAGCCCUCCCGUGACCUCCUGUCUUUAGACGGGAUGAGGUCAGUGCCAGCCAGGCACUGGCCGCCCGCGGAACCGGCCAGGGAGGGAGGCUCCGUGCAGGGAGAACAGGGUAAUUCUAUCUCUACUGAGUGUAUAUAUAUACAUACAUAUAAAUAUACUGUACAUAUCUGAGUUUGAGUCACUCAAACGAGAUGCAAAGCGCUGACUUCCGAGUCUCAGUCGAUGUCUUUCGCCCGCGUUGCUGACCUGCCCUCUGGUCAAUGACCUCCCUGCGCCCUGAAAUGACAGGACAUCCGUCAGGAAACCACAUAUCAGAUUAGCUAUUCUUUUCCUUUGUGUGCAAAGUCAAACGUCCUUUGGUUGUCACAUUGGAGCAUGUUAUUUAAACAAGGACACUCCGUGGAAUGGUCCCGCAGGGGCUCUGCCCGGGUCCCCUGAGGGUGUGGGCGGGCUGAGCGGGUCUGCUGGGGGCAGGGCAGCCUGAGGACUCUUCCCGACAGAGGGGACGCGCGAGGGCCCGCCGCGCGAAUGCAGGGCACGUGCUUCAAAGCUGUUUAAACUGCUGCUUGUCUCACACAUCUUGCCUUUCUUCAGGCUAGCUGCAAUAAUUUUUUUCUUCUGUAAAAUAUUUUGUAAACAACGACAAAAAAAAGCUAUUAUAAAAAAGGGGAAAAAGAAGGCUGGCAUUCUGAUCAGGAAAUCCAUCGUCACCCCCACCCGUCUCACCAUCCACCACAUGCUGCUGACACGAGUAGGUGCAAAAGACCUUUUUGUACAGAGAUAUAUUUUUUAUGAAGAAUUUGUAAAAUUAUUAAAUAUGCUGUAAUUUUUUGAUUAAUGUAGGUAAAUUGUUAAAAAAAAUAAAUGUUUUUACAAUACAAAACUGUAAUUUUCCCAAUAAUGUACAUUGUACCACCUCUAGCUGAUUUUCAGUUCCGAUCCUAUUACACAUGUAUUAAUAUUAAAGUGGCCUGUUAAAAUGAACAGUAUCUUUUUUGUCAAAGAAAAAAAAUUAUACAGAGUGUAAUAUAGCCUGUGCAAUGCCACCUAUCUUUAAAGCAAAUCAGAGCUCUAAUUAAAUAUUUAAUUUUA